UCCAUCCAUACAUCCGUCCAUCCCACCCGCCACACCGCACCACACCCACAACCAUCGUUAACAUGUCUGGCAAAGGCGGAAAAGCAAAGUCCGGUGGCAAGGCCUCCACCGAUUCCAAGUCUCAGUCUCGCUCGGCAAAAGCUGGCCUUCAAUUCCCAGUCGGUCGUGUACACCGUCUCUUGAAGAAGGGCAACUACGCCCAACGUGUUGGUGCAGGUGCACCUGUCUACCUCGCUGCCGUUCUGGAGUAUCUCGCUGCUGAAAUUCUUGAGCUUGCUGGCAACGCAGCUCGGGACAAUAAGAAACAACGUAUUGUACCUCGGCACUUGCAACUUGCCAUCCGAAACGACGAAGAGUUGAACAAACUCCUCGGUGACGUAGUCAUCUCACAGGGUGGUGUCGUACCCUUCAUCAACCCUGAGCUACUACCCAGCAAAACAUCCAAGGGCAAGAAGGAGAGUCAGGAAGUGUAGAUCUCGCUGCUAUUCUUAUUGGUGUUUUCGCUACUGUGUAGGAUGUAUUGUACAAUAU